UGGUUCACUAUAUCACAUGAAAAAGGCUGAUGCCGGUGAUCUUGUGAUGCUAGUUCUCACUUUUUUCUAAAUUUGCACUGUGUUUCUAUUGGCAUAAUUGACAGACUACGAAAUUUUAGAUAAUUUUUUUAUAAAUAGUUCCUUAAUUCUUGUGACAAUAUUUGUUACUUCCACCGUUCCACGUUUGAAGUUAUACGUCAAAAACCUAUACUAGCAAACUUAUGGUAAAUACGAGUCAUUUUUGAUUUGGAUACAAGUAGAUACUGAUAAAUGCAAUAAAUUAUUGAAAAUUGGAAAACAACUUUUAAUUUGAUCAACAUGAGUAAAACGCCAGUUUCUAUUCUCCAAGAGAUGAUGGUAAAGCAGGGGAUGAUACCUGAUUACGAGUUAAUACAUGAUGGUGGAGGCCGUCAUGUAAAUACUUUUACAUAUCGAGUUACAUGCGACAGUCUCAGUGCAACUGGUACAGGUCGUUGUAAGAAAGAUGCAAAACACGAAGCUGCCACAGCUAUGUUGAAAGAAAUUGCUGCACACAGAAAUUAUCCACAAUUAACAGAUGCUAAUACACCAACGGAAUCUCCAUCUAAAUCACCAUUUCAUUCGAUACCUCUGCCACCAAAGACAGGAAAUGUACCUUUCGUUAAUGCCAUAGGCGAAUUACAAGAACUUUGUGCUGAAAAUAAUUUAAACGAACCAGAAUAUAUUCUAAUUCGGGAUGUUGGACCACCACAUGCUAAACUUUUUACUAUUCGAUGUAAAACAUCUAAUUUUGAAGAAGAUGGAAUAGCAACUACAAAGAAACAAGCAAAACACGAUGCAGCAAAAAAAAUGGUGGAUAAAGUAAAAAGUGUUCUGGAUAAGUUAAGUUCUCUCUUUAAAGAGAAAAAUGAACAAGAUUCUUCAAACUCUUCUAUUACAACUAUUGACACGGAAACACUGAAUAAAAAUGCAGAAGAACGCUAUCGCGCAGUGAUCAAAUCGAGAAAGAUUAACUUAGGUCUUAAAUUAAGAGAGUACCACACUCAUUGGAAAAAUUCCUUGGAGACGGAUAAGCGUGAUAAAAUAAUAAAACAAUUGGAAUGUAUGUUUCCCAAUGAAUUAGUUAACAGUGAAUACAUUAGCGAAGAUGUUAUAAAAGAAAAGUUAUCUCAAUUAGAAACUAUAUUAUCAGAAGAUGAUGUAACAAUUGAUAUAAAUGAUGUUAGUUCAGAUAAUUGUUAUAUGAAAUCAAUACAGCUUAAUACGUGUCCUGUUCUAGUACAAAUUGGUAUGGGUAAGAAUGAGUCCGAAGCUUCUUGGCAAGCGUUAUGUCAAAUCGUAGAAUCUAUUAAAUUACUUUUAUCGUAAAAUGCAAGA